AGCGCGCUUGCCGGCGUCAGUUGUAUUUCGAGAGCGGUAAUAGUGCGAUUCGUAAUAUUCAAAACUUGUGCGACUUUCAGUGUUACAUUCGUUUUAUUUUUCAGUGCGAAAUUUAAAACACAGUCGAAUAAGUGAUUCUAAAUCGUUAUUGAAAUCAAAUUGCGGUGUUAAAGUAUACACUUAAAACACAGUUACUUUUUAAUUUCGUAUUAAUUGUGCGUAAAUAAAUUAACGGAAAUGAGUGGAAAAACAGCGAUCGGUAUCGAUCUGGGCACCACUUAUUCUUGUGUGGGUGUCUGGCAACAUGGAAAAGUGGAGAUUAUCGCCAACGAUCAAGGUAACAGGACCACUCCAAGUUAUGUGGCGUUUACGGACACCGAACGGUUAAUCGGUGAUGGAGCCAAAAACCAGGUGGCGAUGAAUCCCGUCAAUACGGUAUUCGAUGCCAAACGUUUGAUCGGCCGUCGUUAUGACGAUGAUAAGACACAAACGGACAUUAAGCAUUGGCCGUUCAAAGUGAUUAACGACGGUGGAAAGCCCAAGAUCCAAGUGGAAUUCAAAGGUGAGCGUAAAGUGUUCGCGCCGGAAGAGAUCAGUUCGAUGGUUUUGACGAAAAUGAAGGAAAUCUCGGAAGCUUACUUAGGCCAUAAAGUGACGGACGCUGUCAUCACGGUGCCGGCGUACUUCAACGAUUCGCAGAGACAAGCGACAAAGGACGCGGGUGCCAUAGCCGGGUUGAACGUAAUGCGGAUUAUCAACGAACCGACAGCCGCAGCUCUGGCAUACGGUUUAGAUAAGAACCUGAAAGGCGAAAGGAACGUGUUGAUCUUCGAUCUGGGUGGCGGCACCUUCGACGUUUCAGUCUUACAGAUUGACGAAGGUUCGAUAUUCGAAGUUAAGUCCACGGCUGGCGACACACACUUGGGCGGUGAAGACUUCGACAACCGCCUGGUGUCACAUUUGGCCGACGAGUUCAAGAGGAAAACCAAAAAGGAUGUGCGUGCCAAUCCGAAAGCUUUAAGACGGUUGAGGACGGCUGCUGAACGGGCCAAGAGAACUUUGUCGUCCAGCUCAGAGGCGACCUUGGAGAUUGACGCUUUGGUAGACGGUAUCGAUUUCUAUACACGAGUGUCCCGGGCACGUUUCGAGGAGCUGUGUGCCGAUCUAUUCCGGUCGACCUUACAACCAGUGGAGAAAGCAUUGGCGGAUGCCAAGUUAGACAAAGGAGACAUAAAUGAUGUGGUACUCGUGGGUGGUUCGACGAGAAUUCCGAAGAUUCAGAAUCUCUUGCAAAACUUCUUCUGUGGUAAGCCACUCAACCUGUCCAUCAACCCCGACGAGGCAGUAGCAUAUGGCGCUGCGGUGCAGGCGGCUAUCCUUAGCGGUGACAAGAGUUCUGCAAUUCAAGAUGUAUUGCUGGUGGACGUCACACCGUUGUCGCUAGGCAUCGAGACCGCUGGCGGUGUUAUGACCAAAAUCAUCGAACGCAACUCUACCAUUCCAUGCAAACAAACCCAAACUUUCACCACUUACGCGGAUAACCAACCGGCCGUCACCAUCCAGGUGUUCGAAGGAGAAAGGGCUUUGACAAAGGACAACAAUCUGCUAGGAACGUUUGAUCUAACAGGUAUACCUCCAGCGCCCAGAGGAGUACCCAAAAUCGAGGUGACUUUCGAUAUGGAUGCCAAUGGAAUUUUGAACGUUUCGGCCAAAGACAAUAGCUCCGGGCGCUCAAAGAAUAUUGUCAUAAAAAAUGACAAGGGCCGUUUGUCUCAAGCCGAAAUCGAUCGUAUGCUCAGCGAGGCCGAAAAGUAUAAAGAAGAGGACGAACGACAGAAAGCAAAAAUCGCUGCCAGAAACCAAUUGGAGAGUUAUGUAUUUGGAGUUAAGCAGGCAUUGGAUGAGGCUGGCGACAAGUUGACCGAAUCUGAGAAAAAUACGGGCAAAAAGGAAUGCGACGCGGUCAUCGAUUGGUUGGAUAGAAAUCAGUUGGCGGAAAAAGACGAAUACGAGGACAAGUUAAAAGAAAUCCAAAACAGUUGCUCGACUUUAAUGUUGAAGAUACAUGGCGCAGGACAAGGUGGAGCAGCUAACAUGCCUCCUGGUGCUAAUGGUUUUACUGGAGCAAGAGGACCAACCGUUGAAGAAGUCGAUUAAUUCUGCUACAAUGUAAUCGGAUAUUCGUAAAUACUAUUUUGAACUUAAUCCUAUAUUUUGUUUCCUACUAUUUAUAGAAUUCACUAUAGAUUUAAGUUAAGUAGAUAUAAGUUUACAUUUAUCUUUCUAUUGUAUUUCAUAAUAUUAUGUUUUCGGCACAAUAAAUAUUUAUUCAUUAUCUGUA